AUGGUCACCAACCAAGAACUGAAUGACAACAAAGAGGCAGAGUGCAUGUACAUCACCGUUGAGCGAAAGUAUUUCCAUGUAAACGGCACUUUCAUCAAAAGGAGCUUGCGCCCUCGAGAAUGGCAAGAAAAUCCAUGGACUGGUGAGACGUACGAACCUCGUCUUAUCCAGGCAAGGUUGCUCAAUGAAGCGUCCGCACUCGAAUUUAUUGCACACAAUACCACAAUUCCCGUUCCAAAGCUAUACGCCUGCUUCAAAGACGAUGAGGCUGUCUAUCUGAUAACAGAGUACAUCGAGGGCAGAGGCAUGGAUGAACUAGAAGACGAGGAAAAGUUGAUCGUCGGGGAAGAACUCGAAAGCUUUGUGCAGCAGCUUCACGGACUGAAAUCAAAAAACAUUGGAGGACCUUCGGGACUCAUCAUACCCCCUUACCGCGUCCAGCAGGAGUCUAAGAUCGACACCUGGAAAGUCAAGCCAGCAAAGACCGCUGGGUACGUCUUUUGCCACAACGACCUCGCACAACAAAAUGUCAUUGUUUGUCAUGAUUCUCUCAAGGUCCGUGCCAUCAUCGAUUGGGAGUAUGCUGGAUACUGGCCUGAAGAAUUCGAGGGUCGCUUCUACCAAAGAUCUGGACCAUCUGUCGCACUCGAAAACGAGGAGGAUGAUGCCAAACGCCUUCUGCAUUUCCUGAAGAGCAUCUCAGUGCAGACAGAGAGUACUCUCUAG